GACCGGAGCUUGCUGCACGGAACCGCGACUCGGACGUGGUCCGAAUUCCUUCCCUGCCUCUCCCUCCUCCUUCCGCCCCCCUCUUCACAAAAAUCUCGCCGACGCGCCGCCACUGUGCCGCCUACCGGUUCCCUUCGACUCUUCCCGCCUUUGAUCCCUGGCACGAUCCGAACGAGUGCGUUCUCCAAUGUUUGAUUCUUUCGCCGCUUUGUAGACAUCUAAAUGAUUGUAGAUCGAUUCUUCUCCUCAUGGUCUUUACCACUCUCUCUCAACCCCGUUCCAUCUCCCACCUUGUAAAUCUCCUCUCAAACCCCCCCGUUUCUCUUCUCCGCACUUGCUUGCGCUAUUCUCACAAUCAAAAUCCGAACUUUACAACAAACCAGGCCUCAUUAUCAACAGACCACAUCCUCUCCCUCUUGGAAAGAUGCAGCACGUUGGACCAAGUGAAGCAAAUUCAAGCUCAGAUGAUCCUUUCCGGCAUAAUCUCAGACGCAUUUGCUGCGAGCCGCCUCAUUGCCGUCUGUUCUUUUGCGGACCCUCCCAAGCUUCUCUAUGGCAGUAUGAUUCUGAGAAAGCUGGAAAACCCGAAUGUCUUCUCUUGGAAUGUUGUAAUUCGAGGAUGCUCCGGUGGCGAUGACCCAAGAGAAUCGAUUUUGUUGUAUAAAUUGAUGCUUCAUAGCAAUGCUCGGCCCGACAAAUAUACGUACCCAUUCUUGUUCAAGGCUUGUGCUAAAAUGGUGGAUUUUCAAUUGGGAAUGGAGUUGUUUGGCCAUGCUUUUCAAUUGGGUUGGCGCUCCCAUUUUUAUGUGAUCAAUGCAUUGAUUCAUAUGAUUGCGAUGUGUGGUAGAUUAGGAGAUGCACGUAAAUUGUUUGAUGGAAGUUGUGUCAGAGAUUUAGUUUCUUGGAAUACUAUGAUUCAUACCUAUGUUCAAAGUGGAUGUCCUAGAGAAGCCUUGGAACUCUUUCGAGAAAUGGAGGUGGGGAAGGUUAGGCCCGAUGAGGUGACGAUGAUAGGACUUGUCUCAUGUUGUACCCAGUUACAAGAUUUAGAUCUUGGAAAGCAAUUUCAUCAAUACAUAGAAGAAAAUGAGAUAAAAUUUACGGUUCCUUUGACUAAUUCACUCAUGGAUAUGUAUGUAAAAUGUGGGAGUUUAGAGCCAGCACUAGCAUUGUUUGAUAGAAUGACGAAGAGGACAGUGGUCUCUUGGACCACAAUGAUCGUUGGGUAUGCAAAAUUUGGAUUGCUGGAUGCUGCUCAAAGGGUCUUUAGAGAGAUGCCAGAGAGAGAUGUCAUACCAUGGAAUGCUUUGAUAGCUGGGUAUGUUCAGUGCAAGAGAGGUAAAGAGGCAAUAACGUUGUUUCAUGACAUGCAAACUUCACAUGUAAAGCCCAAUGAGGUCACUAUGGGUACUCUUCUGUCAGCAUGCUCCCAACUUGGAGCCCUAGAGAUGGGGAUGUGGGUCCAUCAUUGCAUCAAUAAACAUGGCUUCCCUUUAAAUGUUGCACUGGGGACUGCUCUGGUGGAUAUGUAUGCAAAGUGUGGGAAUAUUCAGAAGUCAUUACGGGUAUUCAGAGAGAUACCUGAAAGAAAUGCACUAACUUGGACAGCUAUGAUUUGUGGUUUGGCCAGUCAUGGGCAUGCAGAUGAUGCCAUCAAGCACUUUUUAAAGAUGACAGAAAUUGGGUUACAACCUGAUGAGGUUACCUUUGUAGGGGUUCUAUCAGCCUGUUGUCAUGCUGGUUUGGUUGAUGAGGGUAGGAUAUUCUUUGACCAAAUGACAUCAAAGUAUAAACUUGUGCGGAAACUGAAACAUUAUUCAUGCAUGGUGGACCUUUUAGGUAGAGCUGGCCUCUUGGAUGAGGCAGAAGAGCUGGUGAAGGCUAUGCCUAUGGAACCCGAUGCAGUGGUGUGGGGUGCACUGUUUUUUGCAUGUAGGAUUCAUGGAAAUGUUGCCAUGGGUGAAAGGGCAGCCUUGCGGCUCCUUGAGUUGGACCCACAUGAUAGUGGAAUAUAUGUGUUGCUGGCAAACAUGUAUGUAGAGGCAAACAUGAGGGAUGAGGCUGAUAAGGUGAGGGUGCUGAUGAGGAAGAUGGGAGUAGAGAAGACUCCUGGCUGUAGCUCGAUUGAAGUGAAUGGCAUGGUUCAUGAAUUUAUUGCGAGAGAUAAAUUUCACCCAGAGUGUAAGGAGAUAUACAAGUGUUUGUUGCAGCUUGGAAGGCAAAUGGAACACCAUGGAAGGAUACCUAGCACAUCUUAAUUUGCUACACAUAAAGUUAUACUCUAAGCAGAGAUGAGUCUCAAAGCUGUGAGAUGAAAUCUUCAUCAUUGCAGUAUUUGCUUGACCAAUGAGGAUACCAUCCUGCCUUGGAGAAGAAUACAGAGCCAGUUUUGAAACACUGCCUCACCAACCAGCCAAUUUAAUUUAAUAUGCCACCAAAAGUAAUGCUAAACCAAGGAGCCUGUCCAAAACUUGGUUGAGAAGAAUUUUGCCGUCCUUUCAUGGUCAAAAAGCCUCCUGGUCACUAUUACACUUUUACUGAAUAUAGAGCUCAAAAGCAUGAAGCUCAAGAGAGGUGGGAUUUCCUCAUCAUUGCUAUUAUGGUAUUACCUAUGUAGGAUCACUUAACAUGGAGGAGAACACAGUGGAGACUCUUCAAAACAGAACAGUUCAAUCAAGUGUUGAUGGAGGGGUUCUGUAUGCUGACAGGUUAUGGUAGGCAAGUAUGAUGAUGCAUUGGGAUGAGUUAUUGAUGUCAGCUAUCUUUGCAAGACUAAUAACCUGUCUUUGACAUCUAUUUCUUUUUGUCAAAUCCAUGCUCUAUAGAUUGUUUUGCCCAUAUCUAGGACAAGGUUUUUGUGGUGGCAACAAAAUAAGUUUAAUUGAUUUUGUAAUCUCUCAGGUGGUGAAAGUCCAUGGCAUGUCAAAAUGUUGGAGCUAUAUAUCAUCCUAUGGAAAACUCAUGUACGUGAGGUUGAAGUAAAAUGGGAAAAGCGAAAGACCGUUUUUGGGAAUAUGCUGAUGAUCUAAAGAGUAGAUUUAGAUGUAAAUUUUGUUCAGGAGGAAUAUUGCAGUAAAGUCUCACCUAUCAGGAUUUAUAGGGCGCGAUAUGGUAGUUUGUGACAAAGUGCCUGAAGAUGUUCAAGCUUUAGCUAUCUGGCAGUUGGUGGACCUAAUAAAUAACCUAAAACAUCAUCAAUCUCUUCCGGUGUCGAGAGGAUUCAAACUGGAUCAUCAAUUUACCCUUCCAGUUCUUCAAAUAUUGGUUCAUCGGCGGGUUCAAGCUAGACAAUAUUGCCCCAAAUUUAUCAUGAAACGGUUGUGGCAGUGGUUGAUAAGGCUGUAAUGCUUUUAUAAUGAAAUAACCUUGUAUUCAAUGUCAUUCUUACCAUCAUUUUUUGGAAUGUGCAAUGCUAUACCUGAGCUUGUUUUUGGCUA